AUGGCCCUGGCGACGGUGGCGGGCACUAUUAGCGAUCUGGAUCUGAAGGUUGCGCCCCACAAGACGGAGGCCGUCUACUUCCACGACGGCAGCCGCGGGGCGCCACCGGAGAACCGACUCAUGGUGGACGGAGUCCGCGUCCACGUCGGGCCCACGAUAAAGUAUCUGGACCUGACGUUGGACGGCCGGUGGGACUUCAGGGCCCACUUUAGGAACCUGGCCCCCCGGGUCAGGAAGGCAGCCCUGGCACUCGCCAGGCUGAUGCAGAUCCAGAGGGACCGGCUGCUGGCCACCGCCCAAGGCAAAAACCUCAUGCGCCAGGCGCUGAGGGCGGUGGCCAUGAGGGCGAUCCGAGGGUUCCGCUCCGUGGCGUACAUGGCGGCGACGACCCUGGUCGGCUCCCCCCCAGUGGAGCUCCUUGCGGAAGAAAGGUGCAUCCUGUAUUGGAGAAACAAGGAGUUCCGCGAAAGGGGGGAGGCAACGACCGGGGAGCUGAGGGCCCUGAGGUCUCAGCUUAUGGAGCUCAUCUGCAAGCCGGUCGGCGGUGGCCCCCGAGUUGAGGCCAGGAACCUCAACUAA